AUGCAACAAAAAUUGAUGGCUGGCUUGAUUUUGGUGGCUGUUUUGGCGUGUGCUUUGGGUGAGUUUGGGAGAGAUGGCCUAGAAAUCCAAAUCCUCUGGUUUCUGGUUUUCUAGGCCAUGGAAAUACUGUAGAAUCAGCAAGCAAAUCAUUUUUCACCUGAAAAACUUUUUUUAGAACUUCAUAUCACCUGAAUUUUCGUUUCCAGGUGAAAAAUGUAUCUGAAAUUUUUUCAGAUGGCCUAGAAAUCCAAAUUUUCUGAUAUUUGGUUUUCUAGGCCAGCCGUUAUUUUUAGCUUUUUUGAUCUCUGAUUCUCAAAAUACCUAACAAUCUGUGACAAAUUACCGUGGCCUAAUCAAAUAUACAUAGAAAAAUUGGAAAUCAAAAAAACUGAUUAGGUAGGAAAAAUUCAAUUUGAUUUCAGCUGCGCCACCACAACAACUCGCAAAACCUUCGUGUUCACUUGACGAGCGGGGACAAAUUCCGUGUGGAUGUUGUAAGAAGGAUUGCUGGUAUACUAUUGCGGCGGUGGGUUUCAUAUAUCAAACAUUUUCGUGUGAGAGAAACAUGUUGCGCGUGGUCUAGUGGUAACGCUCUGGAUUUCAAAUUUUUAGGUCGUGGGUUCGAUCCCGCUCCGUGGCAAACUUUUUUUUCAUUUUUUUGCAAAUUUUUAGAAAACUUGAUUGGAUUCUUCAGAUGAAAAUUUCAGAGCAUUGCUCAUGUAAAACUUUGAUAUCUGAAACCUGGUGAUUCAUGAAAUUAUGACCUAGAAAACCUAUUUGAAAAUCUAGGCCAAGCAGAUUCUAAGCCGAGGCUAUGUUAAAAUUUGCAUUGCUCAUGUUAAAAAUGUCUUUGCCACGUGGCAAGUUGGUAUCAAAUUCCCGAAUUUUCCAGGCAGCCACUCACGAACUUGGCCACAUGCCAGGCGAAGCCGGUGAACAAGAAACCCUCGCCACACUCCGCCUGAUCCGCGCCUGUAUGAUCGAAGAAUGCGCUGAAGUCUGCCAAGCCUCACCCUCCGGACAUCCAGCUCGACCAUUCUAG